UUAAUUACGUAUUUAGAAAAACAGGGUUGAAUAAAAAAACGCAAGAAGAUUUAUUUUUUAGCUGGAUUAUAUGUAUUUUUUUGUAUAUUGAAUUUAUGGGUUUUGUUUAAUUUUCUUCUGCUAACACAUUGACCAUGUCGGCUUCUUGUUCUUCCUCCAAAGUUCUGAUCUUUAUUGUGGAUUUCUGGAGUUUUUGGUUCUUCCCAAAUGGAAAUUUGAGAUAUUUUCUUGGUGUGUAAAUUUGGAUUGUGAAGAUAUUUAUAUUUUUUUUAUUACAGGCAUUAUUUUUUUCUUACUUUAUUCAGUAUUGUUUUCCACUUCAGGAGUUUUUGCAAAUUUCAUGUACCUCUGAAUUCCCAAUUAGUUCUGGUUUCUGCUAUUUUUUCAAUUUCUUGUAAUAACCCAAUUUAGAUUUUUUUUUUUUUUUUUGGUUGUUAACUUAACCCAAUUGGGGUAUUUAAUUUAUUUAAUUGUGAUUUAAGAGAUUUAAUUUAGUUCUUGUACUUUUGUCUGGAAAGAUCAAAGAAUGCUGUUUGUAUCUGCAGCAGUAGUACUCUCAUGGCCUCAUCUUCUUUGCAUCAUUGACUGACUUUUUAUUUUUUAUUUAUUUAUUUUAAUUUUGGGGUGUUUGAGAUUCUUCUUUGGGAACUCUGAGCUUUAGUUGUGUAUUUUCUUAGUACAUUAUAAAAGGUUCCCUUUUGUGGAAACGGGAUCUGCUUUUUCCCCCAUCUUAUCAUAAAUCACAUAAAAACAAUAAUAAAAACAAUAAUAAUAAUUAUAAUCACAGCAAAACUCAUGUCUGUUUUCUGAUUCUCCCGUGGAAAAGAAGAACCCUUGGAGGACUGGUUCUGAUCUGAUCCGAAUUUUUCUGAGUCCUCAGAAAAUAAAAGAGUUUUAAUUUAAUCCAGUCAAUGGAGGGUGACACAUUCUCAGGGCUUGGCAAUGGCAGCACACAAAUUGAUGGAAAAGUUCUGCAGACGUUUCAGAAGAGCUUUGUGCAAGUGCAGAAUAUCUUGGACCAAAACAGGCUGCUGAUAAAUGAGAUUAAUCACAACCAUGAAUCCAAAAUCCCUGACAAUUUAAGCAGAAAUGUGGGUCUGAUCAGGGAGCUCAACAACAACAUCAGGAGAGUGGUUGAUCUUUAUGCUGAUCUCUCAAGCUCCUUCACCAAAUCCAUGGAUACUUCUUCUGAGGGAGGAGAUUCCAGCGGGGCUUUGAAGUCUGAUGGAAAAGCUGGGCACAAGAGAAUUAGGCCUGCUUAGAGAGAGAAAGUUUGAGAGAGAGAGAGAGAGAGAGAGAGAGAGAGAUUAUAAUGUCUUCCUAAUUCUUUUGCAUGUUGAGAUGGUAGAAAGAAAAAAAGGAGAAAAAUUGAUCAGAUUCUGUAAACUCCGCUGUAUCUGUUAGAUAAUAAUUCCCCAGAAUCGCUUUUCACUGUAAGUCUGUAACUGUGGAUCUAAUUGAAGAGAUAAAAAGAAGUUACGCUGUGUUUGUGUAAUUCCAUAUCUUCUUAAUUGGUAAUAAAAGCUUAUAUUUGCUCUUU